AUGCGCGCGGUCUGGUAUCUGUCACAUACAUACAAAUCUUCACUCUCACCAGCCAUGAAUCACGAGCUUGCCCUUGAGAAUGAGAGAUACGCGCAGUCUUUUGCUCAGGCCAAGGAAAACUGCCAAAGACCGGCGCGAGCCUUCCUGUAUGACACCGUGGAAACUAUCGGCAUGCACUACGGCACGACCUUCCGCAACAUGACCGAGCUGUUUGCAGGGCCGAGUGCCAGUUACGGCGUUAUAAGUAUCCCCGACACUAAAGCCAUCAUGCCUAUGGGAUUCGAGUAUCCCUUCGUGGUCCACCCAGCCACGCUCGACUCCGCCCUUCACCUUCUGUUCCCAUCUAUCAGCGGUGAAGACCAGUCUCUCAAUGAGGCAGUCGUACCCUUCUCGUUUGAUCGCAUCUUUGUCUACAAUACAUGGAAGUCGUCCAUUACUAUCUCCGAGGACCUUUCAGAGCCUAUGAUUAUCGUGGAAGGUAUUUCUUUAGCAUCGGUUGGUGAUGGCGGCAGCACGCAACAGCCUGGUCAAGACGCCAGGGCCAGCUGCUUUACCAAGACUUGGCACGAGGACGUGGACCUGCUCGAGCCACUGCAGAUCAAAGACCUGGUCUACAAGCGAACUCUCAAGAGCCAGGAUGACGAAUCUGUUCUUGACUACCUCGAAUUUGUCUGCCUUGUUUAUGUCUACCGCUGUCUUGCUUGGUUCGAGAGCGAGGAAGGCAAGGCGCAUGUGCCCCAGGACGGGUUCUGGAAGCUCUAUGUCGAGUGGAUGCGCAACACCGUCAAGGAGUUUCCCCCUCUUCCAACUACUGAGUCCCAAGUUACGUCUGAAAUGGAAUCCUCGCGUGCAAGCAUCGUCCUCUCCAAGAGCGGCGACGUAACGGUUCAGAUGGUCGACCGAAUCGGAGAUAACCUCAGCCGCAUCUUCACUCGUGAGGUCGAGCCUUUGCAAGUCAUGACAGAGGGUGAUCUAUUGUAUGACUUUUACCGCGGCGCAUUUGGCACGAGUUUUAACACUCACGUCGCUGAAUAUGUGGGCUUGGUCGCUGACAAGAGCCCUGGUGUCAAGAUCCUGGAGAUUAGCGCUGGCACUGGUGGGACGACGUACCAUGUGUUGGAGCGACUUCGCAAUGCUGACGGAACUUCCAAGGCUGCCAAGUACUCUUUUACAGAUAUUUCUCCAGGAUUCCUCGCCGAGGCUGCCGAUCGCUUUUCCGCCGACGCAUCCAUCAUGGAGUUCAAAGCUCUCAAUAUCGAGAACGAGCCUACCGAGCAAGGAUUCAGCCUGGAGAGCUAUGAUCUCAUCAUCUGCGCCAACGUUCUUCAUGCCACCAGGAGUAUUGAGGAGACGCUUACCCACUACAAGUGUCUGCUUAAGCCCGGCAGUCGUCUCGUGCUGUCCGAGGUCACUAUUAAACGAAUCUUCAGUGGCUUCAUCAUGGGGCCCCUCCGUGGUUGGUGGCUCGGCGAGGACGAUGGUCGCUCUGGCGGACCUCUCCUGGAUGUUGAUGAGUGGUCGGCGGCGUUGACCAGCGCCGGUUUCUCUGGCGUCGAUAUCGACAUUGUCGGAGGCAAUGAAGCCUUCAAGGAGCCGGUGUCGCUGAUUAUCUCGACCAAGCCAUGGCAGAAAGCAUCGGGGCCUGAUUCCUUCGUUAUCAUCAGUACAGGUUCUGUCUCUUCGCAGAAACUCGCGCAAUCCAUCCAGAAGCAAUUUGAGUCUUCAGGUCACGAUGUCUCCAUCACACAGUGGGAUGAUGUUUUCAAAUCUCGUGUGACCGGAAAGUAUUGCCUCUGCCUUGCCGAGUGGGAGGACGCUGUGCUCGCGACUCUGACGGAUGAGAACUGGGGAAGACUCCGCCAGAUUAUCCGGAGUUCUUAUGGGACACUCUGGAUUACCGGCGGCGCUGCUAUGGACUGCCCUGACCCGAUGAAGUCUCUCAUGGUUGGGCCUUCGCGGGCGAUUCGCAAUGAGGAUGUUGGAGUCCGCCUGGCCACCCUCGAUUUUGAGACAGCGGAUAGAGUCGACUUUGUGAGAGCAGCCAAGAUUGUCCUCAAGGUGGCGUCAAUCCACGCCUUUAGUGAUGAGUCUGACGGCGAGUAUGCUGCCCGCGAUCUCACCGUGUACGUGCCUAGAGUGGAGAGGAUUCUCGACGUCGGCAACUCUCUGCGUAAAUAUGAACGUAAGGGCCAGCCUGAGCUUGUGUCGUUCAGGAGGAGCGGACGUCCACUGAAGCUCACCAUUAAGGCACCUGGCCUCUUGGAUACCUUCAGAUGGGACGAGGAUGAGAUCUACCACCAGCCUCUGCCUGAGGACUGGGUCGAGAUCGAGGUGAAGUCUGUAGGCCUUCACUUCAAAGUUGCCCUCGUCGCGCUAGGAAACCUUGCUGAGGACAAGCUGGGAGUCGAUGCCUCUGGAGUCAUCACCCGCGUGGGAUCAGCCGUCAGAGAUUUCAAGCCUGGUGACCACGUCAUGACGGCUUCAUGCGCCACCUUUGCUACCUUUCUCGUAACCGUUGGCAACCUCAUCAGGGGUGAGAAGAUCUUGAUACAUGCCGCCGCUGGAGGUGUCGGCCAGGCUGCUCUCAUGAUCGCUCAGCAGAAGGGAGCCGAGAUCUUCGCGACACUUUUCAAGGCUGUCAAUCGUGCCACCGAAGGGGAACGCGUUGAUGUUGUGCUCAAAUCUCUUGCUGGCGAAGCUCUCCGCCUUUCCUGGCACUGUCUCGCGAAGUUUAGUCGAUUUCUUGAGAUUGGAAAGGCAGAUCUUUUUGCCAACACCGGACUGGAUAUGAAGCCAUUCCUUGAUAGCAAGACCUAUAUAGGUGUCAACCUCCUCGAUUUCGAGAACAAUCCCACACCUCGUGCGGUGGCGCUUUGGAAGCAGACUGCAAGACUUAUCCAUGAUGGUACCGUCAAGCCCAUCGCCCCUCUGCAGCUCUUCAGUAUGGCCGAAGUUGAGAAGGCAUUCCGCCACGUGCAGGCCGGCAAGCACAUGUGUAAGGUUGUCGUAAGUGUUAAAGACGAUGACAUGGUCCCUGCCAUGCCCCGAACACCUCAUGUGAACAUUCAUGCCGACGCAACCUAUGUCGUUGCCGGUGUCGGCGGUAUCUGCAAGGAAAUUGGCCGGUGGCUCGCUAAGAAGGGCGCCAAACAUCUGGUCCUGCUUUCACGUUCUGCUGCCAGCAGCGAAGUGAACAAAGCCUUUGCGUCGGAGCUUCAGACAGCCUACGACGUGAAAACCUACAGCUAUGACUGCGACGUCAGCCACAAGGCAGAUCUCUCCGAAGUUCUGCAUGACCUCAAGUCAAAGAAUCUUCCCGAGAUUAAGGGUUGUGUUACUGGUGCCAUGGUUCUGAGGGAUACUCUAUUUGACAAGAUGAUGGCCGACCACGUCCGGACAACAAUAGGACCCAAGGUCCACGGUACCUGGAAUCUUCACGAAUUGCUUCCCAAGGAUCUCGAUUUCUUCGUCAUGCUCAGCUCUCUGACCGGUAUUAUGGGUCACCACGGGCAGGGUAACUACGGCUGCGGCAACAUCUUCCAGGAUUACUUCGCCGCCUUCCGACGGAGUCAGGGCUUGCGCGCUAUGACCAUUGACAUUGGAUACCUCUUGAGUGUAGGAUUCGUAGCCGAGCAUGACGAAUAUGUCGACCACGUCAAGGCCAUGGGUCUGAAGGUCAUGCACAAGAGCAAUCUGCACGGCCUUAUGGCCACGGCUCUCGAAGGCUCCAACGCCCACCCGCCGCAAGUCAUGUGCGGCCUUCCGUACAACGAGCAAGACGACGCUUGGUACUGGAUUCAUGACCAGCGGUUCACGGCUCUCAGGAAGACUGCAGCUGGCUCUGGAGUUGGAGGGUCCGCGUCUGUGUGA